AUGUCUUUGCCAUUUAGCAUUCCGCCCCCCACGGCGGCGACCUCUAUCACACCAUUUAAAAUUGCUGUCCCCCAGACGAAGCUUGUCGAGCUCGAAACGCUAUUGAAGAUAGCUAAAUUCGCCCCGCAUACAUACGAGAAUUCCCAAAUAGACCGUCGCUAUGGUGUUGGCACCGAUUGGCUAGUGACCAUGCGGGAUCUGUGGCUGCGGUCUUAUAGCUGGAGAGCUACCGAGGAUCGUAUUAAUAGCUUCCCUCAUUUCACUACUGAUAUAAAUGGGGUCGAUAUCCACUUUGUGGGUCUGUUUUCGCUGAGGAAGGAUGCUGUUCCUGUUCUGUUGAUUCACGGGUGGCCUGGGAGCUUUUUGGAAUUUUUGCCCAUCUUGCAAAAGUUCAAAGAGGAAUAUACCCCGGAGACGCUGCCUUAUCACUUGAUUGUACCUUCACUGCCGGGUUACGCCUUUUCCUCUGGUCCUCCAUUGGAUAGGGAUUUUGGCACGGGUGAAGUUGCUCUUCUUUUAGAUCAAUUGAUGAAAGACCUUGGAUUUGAGAGCGGUUAUGUGGCCCAGGGAGGUGAUAUUGGCAGUCGCAUUGCCAGGCAUUUGGGCGCAGACCAUGAAAGCUGCAAAGCUGUACACGUCAACGUGGUUUUUAUGAGACGCCCAGACAACAUGACAGACGACCAUCUCAACGCCUUUGAAAUACAAGGCAUAGAGAAUUUGCAAAAGUUCACAGCGUUCGGCAGCGGAUAUGCGAUUGAGCACGGCACUCGACCCAGCACCAUCGGUCACGUUGUAUCCUCAAGUCCUAUGGCUCUUCUGGCGUGGGUGGGUGAGAAAUUCCUGGAAUGGGUUGAUGACCCGCUCCCUCCAUACGAUAUCUUGGAGUCUGUCACUCUGUAUUGGUUGACAGAGACGUUCCCUCGGGCUAUUUAUGCCUAUAGACAGAACUAUCCGCCUCCCCCUAUUCCGGCUUCCAAUGACCCUCGCUGGUAUAUCCAUAAACCAUUUGGGUAUUCUUCUUUCCCUAUGGAGAUUGCUCGGCUACCGCGCUCCUGGGUUGAGACGACUGGUGAUUUGGUUUUCUAUGAACAGCACCAGAAGGGUGGUCAUUUUGCAGCGCUAGAAAGACCAGACGAACUCAAGACCGACUUGACCAAGUUCAUUGACCAGGUAUGGCCAGGUAUUGUAGGUGCCAAGUGA